CCCGCGUCGCGUAGGCGGCGAUGGCGGCGGCUCUGUGGAGACGUGGCUGGCGCUUCCGGUGGCGUGCACCCGCCGCGGCGGGAAGGGUGCGGGGCGCGGCGGGGCCCGCGGCAGCAGGACAGCGGAACUAUGACCUCCUGGUGAUUGGUGGGGGAUCUGGCGGCCUGGCCUGUGCCAAGGAAGCUGCUCAGUGGGGAAGGAAGGUGGCCGUGGUCGAUUAUGUGGAACCUUCCCCCCGAGGCACCAGGUGGGGCCUUGGCGGGACCUGUGUCAAUGUGGGCUGCAUCCCCAAGAAGUUGAUGCACCAGGCAGCCCUGCUGGGGGGCCAGAUCCGAGAUGCCCACCACUACGGCUGGGAAGUGACCCACCCCGUCCCACACAACUGGAGGAAGAUGGCAGAAGCUGUUCAGAACCAUGUCAAAUCCUUGAACUGGGGGCACCGAGUCCAGCUGCAGGACAGAAAAGUCGAGUACUUUAACAUCAAAGCCAGCUUUGUCAAUAAGCACACGGUGUGCGGUGUCACAAAAGGCGGGAAGGAGACUCUGCUUUCGGCUGAUCACAUCGUCAUUGCUACUGGAGGACGGCCAAAGUAUCCUCUGCAUGUUGAAGGUGCCUUGGAGUAUGGAAUUACAAGUGAUGACAUAUUCUGGCUGAAGGAGUCCCCUGGAAAAACGUUGGUGGUCGGAGCCAGCUACGUUGCCCUGGAGUGUGCCGGCUUCCUCUCUGGCCUGGGCCUGGACACCACGGUGAUGAUGCGCAGCAUCCCCCUUCGGGGCUUUGACCAGCAAAUGGCUUCCUUGGUCACAGAGCACAUGGAAUCUCAUGGCACCCAGUUCCUGAGAGGCUGCACACCCUUGCAGGUCAGAAGGCUCCCUGAUGGCUGUCUCCAGGUGAUCUGGGAGGACCGAGUCUCUGGCAGGGAAGACAUGGGCACCUUUGACACUGUCCUGUGGGCCAUCGGUAAGGGGUGCUGGGCCAUACCCAUGCAUCUGUCUCAGGUCCCCAGGACCCCUGAAAAGGGAUCCUCAUCUCCUUCCUGUCAGCUCCAAGGGUCUCCCUCACCUGCUGACUCUUAGGCAGGUGGCUACUACACAGCACCCCUCUACACCAAGCCCAUUGGGCAGUAUGCCCCUGACCCGUCCAUCUUACCAUCCUAAGCACCAAGCCGCUUCAUGUUUUCCCAGUACCAUCUAAUCUUGUUCUGAAAGAACACAUCAGAGAGGUCUGGAUGGAGGGAAGCAGGCAGCUAGAUCGUUGUUAUUUAGGAGGCUAAAUGGCCCUCCUGACUUCAUGUCCCUUUAGAUAGAAACCUAUACGUUCCCUACGAGGUUUAAAUUAGCCUAGGUAUAUUUCUCUUUAGCAAAUGAGAUCUGUUUUCCAUCAUAGUUUCAAGCUAGCUGUUGUUAGCACCUACAGACGAUCCAGAUUUCUAAGUUUGAAGCAGCAUUUUUAUAGCUCCCAGUACUUUCCAGUGGCUGGCUCAGGGCUCUGCAGAGUCAUCACGUGCUGCGGGGGGGGUCUUAAUGGCCUUUCCAAUGCCACACUUCAUGGCUUUCCAAAGACAAUAUCCAGGGAUGGUGCAGAGAGGCCUUGGGGCCUUCUGGCCCAGUGGGUGGGACCGGCUACUGCCUGGCUCCUGGAGGGUUUAAAUUCUCACCGCCCCCCCAGUUUCUGAGAACCCUACAUCCUACUGUACACAGGGGUGAAGGCCAAACAGGUAUGGCUGUGACAGGCAGCCACAGGCAAGGGGGCUGGGGAGAUCAGAGAAGCUGUUUCUGGUUUGGACCCUACACCCCUGAGCCUGCACCCCAGGCAGCUGGCCCCUUGAGGAGAGGGGUGGAGAGUGUGGCGCAGCCAGGGGGGACCUUCCUCAGAGCUGGACCACUGGGGGAGACUGGGAAGAGCAGCUUGAGCCUGGGGGAGGGGGAGUCUGGAGGAAAGGCGUCCUGGCCCUGACUGCCUAGUAGAGGGUCCCUACUGUGGGGCUGCCCCGGCCAUCGGUGAACCAGGUGUCCUCGUUAGUGAGGGCGGUACAGCCAGCGGGUGCAGCAUACCUGCUUGGAAGUCCCUGCCCGCCUUGUGACUUGCAGCUCCUAGUUUUCUCAAUUGACCUGUCACCUUACAUGUUCAAAGUUGGAACAGCUGAGUUUUUGCUUUCUUGCUGCAGUGACCCUGUCCUGGGAUCUGGGUCCAGAGUGGUAUCACUGUCAGGGACAUUGUCUGCUUCCGGUCACCACAGGGUGUUAAUGAGCACCCCAGGGCUGUUUGUCUGGGGUGGGUCCCAGUGCUCCUGGGUGGGAUGGGAGAUAAAGCUGUGCCACCAAGCAGUGCAUUUCUGGAAAAGCCAGUCUGUUUUCUCUGAGUUGCUUGGAAUGAAUGGAGAUUAGAAAUGGAAGCACAUUGGUGGAGGAGUCAGACCCUUUACUCUUGUGGAGCAGACACAGGGCAGAUUUGACAAGCUGGGAAAGGGCCCCAGGUUCCCUGAAGUGAAUUUUGUACGUCUUGACCUAAAGUUGAUAAAUUACUAAAAGAAAUAUUCUUGAUCAAAAGUAAAUUUUAAGUGGUUUUGUUGUGGUAAACACUAUGAAAAAUUGUGUGACUUUUCAGACCUAGAAGAACAAAACCCCAUUGCCGUCGAGUCGAUUUCAACUCAUAGUGACGCUAUAGGGCAGAGCAGAACUACCCCAUAGGGUUUCCAAGGAGCAGCUGGUGAAUUCAAACCGCCGACCUUCUGGUUAGCAGCUAAGCUCUUAACCACUGAGCCAACAGGGCUCCCAUAGAAGGACAAGCGAAUCUUUAUUCUCUUGAACUCCAUUCCAAGCGGUGAGGUGACAGGGUCUUGCCCUCCCCAUAGCAGCCCCCUGUCUCACCGAUGUCUCUCCGCAGCCCACCUGCCCACCAUGAUGACUGCAGCUCAGAGGACAUGGGGCUGAGCCAUCGGAAAGCCUUGGUGUGCCCCUGGCUCCCCAGUGGAGCCUCCUGCAGCAGAGCUGCUGUGGCCUGAAUGUCCACCUCCCCUACUGGGAGUCAGCCAUAUUUUUUAUAUUUUCAAAAAGCACAUCCCCCAGACAGCCUGCCCAGCCUGAUUGAUGCUGUGGGUGGAAGCUCUCGGAGCCCUUGGCCCCUGACCCUGGCUCCCAGAGCAGCACAGCAGCCGUGGUGGUUUUUUGGCGCAGCCUCUAGGGCUGCUUGGGCAUGUGCUGACUCUGCCUUUGGCUUCCGGGCCGUAGUUUUGUAAACAUUCAGGAGCCACUUCCCAGUUGAGGAACUAGGCUUGUUUUCUGCCAGCUAAACUGAUAAGCCAGGCAUUAUUUUUACUUGCAAUAAAGCAUGAUCUGCUCCCGAAGGUUAAAAUCAAAUGCUGUCAGAUGCUACACAGCUGGCAAAUGGAGCAUUUCCUCCCCGACAGUGCUUUCCAGUCCAAAGGGGGCCACCUGGGUCAACCAAGCUGGGUUUGUUGACGCGUGCUUUAAAAACAAAAAAGGGAAGGACUCUCUACCCCCCCCCCCCCCGCCGCAGACACACAUGCAGAAGCAAUGGUGUGCACGGCAGGGGGGCUUCAGGGUCUGCACAGGGCCUGCUGUGGCCGGCUGCCCAAGUGGCCCCAGAGAGUGGUGCCGGCUACUGCACCACGGCCGUGAAGAACAAGGAUGAGGGAUCAGCAGCGAGGCCUCCAAGUCCUCCUACACAGCCUUGAUCUCCACGCGGGGGAUUACUCACAUGAGCUGGCCGAGUUCCAGAAACCAGAAGUCUGAAUUUGGAGAAGGCUGGAGUAAAAACCAACCCUGACAAUGAGAAGAUCGUGGUUGAUGCCCAGGAAGCCACCUCUGUGCCCCACA